AAUUCCAAUCAUCAACACAAGGAAGAAAAUGCACUCAGUAAAGGAGAAAGUAAGCAACGCAGCUGCUGCUGGUAAAGAGCACGUUGACAUUCUCAAAGCCAAAGCCGAAGAAAAGGCAGAGAAAGCAGUAGCAAGGACAAGGGAAGAGAAAAGGAUAGCAGAAGAGGUGAGAAAAGCAAAAGAAGCAGAAGCAAAGAUGGAGCUGCAUCAAGCAAAAGCACGUCAUGCAGCGGAGACCCUGCAAUCGAAGCAAUCUCAUCUUAUAGGGCAUCAUCAUGCGGUUGGUGUUCAUCAAGGCCAGCAAAAUCCAGUGGUCGGUAGUACCAUUCCAACUACUGCUACUGUUGCUCCGACGUAUCCUCUUGGAGGUUACCCUCCUACUUCACAUGGCCAUAUCUAAUUGGAGACAUAUAUUUAGCAGCAGCAUGUAAUAGUUGCUUGUUGAUUAGUGUGUAAUUUCAGUUGUUUUCUUUGUAAUGAGUGCUUUUGGAAUAAAUGGA